GGCCCCUGCCAGAAUCUCACCUGCUUCCCACCUGACAUCAAGUGUUUUGGGACUUGUGACCAAGGCUUAGUGCCAGUCCCACUGCUCUGGAACCAGAGCAUCGUGCAGCAGCCGGUCUCAUUCCCUGAUCUGGUGCCGCUCUACAACAAGUUCUCCCGGGACUUCAUCGCCGACUGUGCCCGACGAGGCGUCCCCUUCCUGCUCUACUAUGCGUCCCACCACACACACUACCCCCAAUUUGCAAGCCAGGAGUAUGCAGGGCGGUCGCGGCGUGGGCCAUUUGGUGAUGCGCUGUUGGAGUUUGAUGGCUCGGUGGAACAGCUGCUGCAGGCGCUGCAGGAAAAUGGUCUCGCAAACACGACCUUGGUGUUUUUCACCUCCGACAACGGCCCCUCCACCAUGCGGAUGGCACGUGGAGGCAGCUCUGGCCUUCUGAAGUGUGGGAAGGGCACAACGUAUGAAGGUGGCAUGCGGGAACCAGCAGUGGCUUAUUGGCCAGGCCGUAUCACUCCAGGAGUGACGCAUGAGCUGGCAAGCACCCUGGACAUCCUGCCAACACUGACUUCUCUGGCUGGAGCAGCUCUUCCCAAAGUUGCCCUGGAUGGCUAUGACCUGAGUCCCGUGCUGUUUGGGUCAGGGAAGAGUCCCCGUCAAACAAUGUUCUUCUACCCGCCGUCCCCUGAUCCACUGCACGGCCCCUUCGCUGUCAGGCUUGGGAAGUACAAGGCCCAUUACUUCACACAAGGUUCCUUUCACAGCGAUAUGACCCCAGACCAGGCCUGCCACGGGCUGACCCCGCUCACCCCUCACUUGCCCCCACUGCUCUUUGACCUGGAGUCAGACCCAGCUGAGAACUACAAUCUGCUGCAGAGCGGUGCAGGGCCAGAGGUUCUGCAAGUCCUGAAGGAGAUCAAACUGCAGAAAGUGGUUUUUGAACAGCGCAUGGAGUUUGGGGAAAGCCAGAUCAGGAAGGGCAGGGAUCCCGCCCUGCAGCCCUGCUGCAUACCAAACUGCACUCCUAAGCCUUCCUGCUGCCAUUGCUCCUAG